AAAUUCCAAUGGGGCACGAAUUGUCUCAUUCCCAAGCUCAAACAGAGCUGGUGAUUGAUGCAACCAUCGUCGCUGACCCAACUCACUGCAACUCUCCGAUGAUCAUUAAAAGCUCAGCAUCGGCCCUUCUCGCUAGACUCCACGCAGGCUACUUCAGAAUAACCCUCUCUCUCUGCAGCCAGACCUUGCUCUGGAAGGCCCUGGGCUCGCCGCCGGAGGAUGCCCACACUUUCCGGCGAAUGCUCCGCAUGCUUCCUUCCACCGCCUUCGCCCUCCUCUGGUCCGUCGCUCUCUUCGCUCUCCUUUCACUCUCUCUCCUCUACGCCAUUCGCUGCUUCCUCCACUUCAAAAUGGUGGAGGCCGAGUUCCUACACCCCGUCGGCGUCAACUACCUUUUCGCGCCGUGGAUCUCGUGGCUUCUCCUGCUUCAGUCAUCUCCUUUCAUCGCUCCGACGACGACGUACUACCUAGUGCUCUGGUGGGUGUUCGUGGUCCCCAUCGUGGUGUUGGACGUGAAAAUCUACGGGCAGUGGUUCACGAAGGGGAAGCGGUUCUUGUCGACGGUGGCGAACCCGACGAGUCAGCUGUCGGUGAUCGGAAACUUGGUGGGGGCGCAGGCGGCCGCGGAGAUGGGGUGGAAGGAGAGUGCGGUUUGUCUGUUUUCGCUCGGGAUGGUACAUUACCUUGUGCUAUUUGUGACACUUUACCAGAGGUUGAAAGGGAGUAGUUCGCUUCCGGUGAUGCUCCGGCCCGUAUUCUUCUUGUUCUUUGCGGCUCCGAGCAUGGCAAGCUUGGCGUGGGUCUCCAUCGCCGGAACCUUCGACACUUUGUCUAAGAUGCUCUUCUUUCUUUCCCUUUUCCUGUUCCUGUCUCUGGUUUGCAGGCCAUCUCUGUUCAAGAAAUCCAUGAGAAAGUUCAGCGUGACAUGGUGGGCGUACUCGUUCCCACUGACGGUGCAGGCGCUGGCUUCCACUGAGUACGCACAGGCGGUGAAGGGCGGCACGGCGCACGCCCUAAUGCUGGCACUGUGGGCAGCCUCGGUGUUGGUCUCUCUCAUAUUAAUGGUCUUCACUGCUUUCAAUACUAAUACACUCUUACCCAGCGACGACCCUUCUCAUUUUCACACCCACUGUAACAACAAAAGCUUGACCAGAUGACAUUCAAAAUCAGCGAAUGUCUCAAAAGUGUGCAUAAUUAGUCACGGGCGUUUACCAAAUAAUGUCAAAAAAAAAUAAAUAAAUAAAUAAAUAAAAGAAUUAC